AUGCAGUUUCGAACUGUCCUUGAAGUGAAUGUUGUGGAUGUGCAGAAGAGGCGGAAUCCCUCCAAACAUUAUGUGAGUAUACUCUACUGGUCUCUGCCAAUGGCAUACGCUUGGCUUGUUCUUCAUGACCAUAAACAAUUACUUGAAGAUUUGUCUGAGCUAUCACUUUUAAAUACGCGCACAUACUUAUUCUUUUAUUAUGCUUUUGUGGUCAUUCUCCUGUCAAUAAGUAAAAACUUGAGUUAUCUAUAUUGUAGAAUUAUAUGCUCUGGGACAAGUAGGAACAAUGCUAGUCUCUAUGGAGGAAAAUCUAUUAGUCUGCCAGGUCCAAUAGGAUUAUUUAAGCAGAGAGAGGAUCGAUGUAACCAGUCCUCCCUGAAGUCCCUAAGCCCAGUGCAAAGCCUUCCACCUGGGGUGUCACAUUGGGAGAUGCUGCUGGCCUGGGAAGUCCCAUGAGUAAAACAUAAAUCAAAUCUCAUUAUCUAUGAGCUAAGCAACUGAAAAUGCUUGUCCUGUUUUAGAGAGAGGAAAAAAGCAACCCUUUGUCUUUUGUCUCCAAGGUUACAGUGUGACUUCCUUGCAUGAGUGAGAGAGGGAGACUGGGCACAAUGACUCUGAGAGCCUUUGGCAACUACAGUAUUACCACAGUGUUUAGAGAUUGAAGACAGUUUCUUUCAGAUACCUUCCAUCACCUCUGGUCCAAAAAGCAAUUUUUUAAAUUAUUUAAAAUGUUCUAUAAUGUAUAUAAAUGAAAUGGGGCAUUAACAAGUAUUGACAAGCCUGUGUUUAACUUGCCUUGGAAGAAGUCCCAUGUCCUUGUGCUUUUAGCUAGUAAGAAUAAGUAAAAACACUACUUAUAAAUAAGUAAUGUCUCCACAGUCCACAUACCCAAGCUUUAAUGGUGGUGUUUUUGCUUAAUGUCCCGCCAGCUUGGAGAUAUUCUGUGGAAUCCGUUGGCCUCUUUGACAAAGUCUUGAGAGUUUGCUAGUCAUGCAGAUAUUAUGCUGACUUGCAUGCAGAGUGAUGUGGAUAUGGUCAGAUACCAUGUUGGAUUUUAUUGCAAGUUUGCAACCCAUUGUUAUUUUAACAGUCCAACAACAACACCAGAAAGCGAUUGUUUUGUACAGCUAUUGUACAUUCAGCAGUAUUAUGUUGGGCUUGAGAGAACCUCUCUUGAUGAUGUGUUGAAUGAGUCUCUAGUGCCCAAAACACAUAAUACAUAUACUAAAUGUGUGUCAUACGAACAAAUGAGGUGUUUGAACUGAUGUUACCAUUUACUGCACAGCUCCAAAUUUGCUCUCUAUGCACUGCAUGUAAGACAUUCUCAAAGGGAUCUGUAUUUACCACACUUUAGGGGCACUGUUGUUUCCUAAACACUUAAUCCAAAGCAUUUGGUCAUGUCGUCUCCACUCAAUUAACUGUACAGGAACUUGUUCCACCCUGCAACACACUAUUUCUAUAAUGAAUUAUGCUUAAAAUCAAGACUUGAUUUCAAAUAGGACAGUUACGUCUUUACAGAUUGUAGCCAUGUGUAGCGACACUCAGAACUCGCAUACAAAUGCAGAACAAUAGCAUAUGUUCCUGCAUCUGCAGUAGAAGACAGGGUGUGCCCAAGUGUUUGUGGCCUACAUAGUGAGUGCCAGGGAGAGCUCCCACUCUAGCCAUAUAGUUAUAGCCAACAGCCCCCUCUGGGACUAUGUCAUGGCUGUAGACUAGAGUCUGACAAAACAACAUGGUAAAAUACUAGAAAUUGCAACUCUAGCCUAACUAGCUAGUCUAUCAAAGUUGGAGCCAAUGAAGUGUAAAUAGUUGUUUAUUUCCUUCAAUUGUUUAAAUGUGAAACCCAAAAUGAAAUGGCUAAUGGUUAAACCCUGUUGACCACCUCUUUGACCACACACAGGCUUCUAAUGAGGUGUGUGCAGACAGACAGGCCUAAUGAGUUAGCUUGACCUCUACUGACCUCUUGAAGUUUAGUCUGAAGGGAAUUCUCUAUGUGUCAUUGGGUCAUUCAAAACUAAGUGGUAUUACAGUGCCUUCAGAAAGUAUUCACACUCCUUGACUUUUUUCACAUUGUGUUGUGUUACAGCCUGAAUUUAAGAUUUUGUGUCACUGGCCUACACACAAUACCCCAUAAUGUCAAAGUGGAAAUAUGUUUUAGAGAUGUUUACAAAUUAAUUAAAUAUGAAAAGCUGAAGUGUCUUGAGUCUAUAAAUAUUCAACCCCAUUGUUAUGGCAAGCCUAAAUAAGUUCAGGAGUAAAAAUGUGCUUAACAAGUCACAUAAUAAGGUGCAUGGACUCACUCUGUGUGUAAUAAUAGUGUUUAACAUGAUUUUUGAAUGACUACCUCAUCUCUGUACCCAACACAUACAAUUAUCUGUAAGGUCCCUCAGUCGAUCAGUACAUUUCAAACACAGAUUCAACCACAAAGACCAGGGAGGUUUUCCAAUGCCUCACAAAAAAAGGGCACCAAUAGUAGAUGGGUAAAAAUAAAAAAGCAGACAUUGAAUAUCCCUUUGAGUAUGGUGAAGUUAUUAAUUACACUUUGGAUGAUGUAUCAGUACACCCAGUCACUACAAAGAUACGGGCGUUCUUCCUAACUCAGUUGCCGGAGAGGAAGGAAAUCGGCCAGGGAUUUCACCAUGAGGCCAAUGGUGACUUUAAAACAGUUUAAUGGCUGUGAUAGGAGAAAACUGAAGAUAGAUCAACAACAUUGUAGUUACUCCACAAUACUAACCUAAAUGACAGAGUGAAAGUAGGAAGCCUGUAAAGAAUACAAAUAUUCCAAAACAUCCAUCCUGUUUGCAAUAAGGCACUAAAGUAAAACUGCAAAAAAUGUGGCAAAGAAAUUAACUCUAUGUCCUGAAUACAAAAGUGGUAAUUUUGGGGCAAAUUCAACACAACACAUCACUGAGUACCACUCUUCAUAUUUUCAAGCAUGAUCGGGGCUGCAUCAUGUUAUGGGUAUGAAGAACUAGGGAGUUUUUUAGGAUAAAAAUAAACAGAAUAGAGCUAAGCACAGGCAAAAUCCUAGAGGAAAACCUGUCUUCGUCUGCUUUCCAACAGACACUUGGAGACAAAGUCACCUUUCAGCAGGACAAUAACCUAAAACACAAGGCCAAAUCUACACUGGAGUUGCUUACCAAGACGAUUUUGAAUGUUCCUGAGUGGCCUUGUUACAGUUUUGAUGUAAAUCUGUCUAUUAAUGAUCAACAACCAACUUGACAGAGCUUGAAGAAUUUUAGGUGUGCAAAGCUCUUAGACUUACCCAAAAGACUCACAGCUGUAAUCACUGCCAAAGGUGAUUCUAACGUGUAUUCAUUCACGGGUGUGAAUACUUAUGUAAAUUUGAUAUUUUUGUAUUUAAUUUUCAAUAAAUGUGCUAACAUUUCUUAAAACAGGUUUUGACUUUGUCAUUAUGGGGUAUUGUGUGUAGAUGGGUGAAAUAAAUAAUAAUAUUUAAUCAAUUUUGAAUUCAGGCUGUAACACAACAAAAUGUGGAAUAAGUCAACGGGUAGGAAUACUUUCUGAAGACACUGUAUGCGUCUUUGACGAAUGUGACUUUGUUGUUAAUGAAUUUUCCUUGUUUGUUUUCUUCUGUAGGUGUACCUCAUCAAUGUCACAUACUCCGACUCCACCUCUCAUGUCAUCUAUAGGAGAUACAGCAAAUUCUUUGAUCUCCAGGUAAGAGUUUAUUUUUCUUUAGCAGAUAUGACCAUAGCACGAUGAUAUAGAACCAUUUUCCAGUAUCUGUUUGAUCAUGCACUCAGUCAUCUUAAACUUAUACUAACGUAAACGUGUAUUUCAAACAGUGAAUCUGUACGUUUUAACAUCUAUUUUUCUUUCAAUGCAUACAUUUCCUCAAUCACUUUUCCCCAACCCUGGAUUUCCUGUCAAACUGACCUGCUGCCCUCUAAAUGGACCAUAAUACUCAUGAUCUAUUAGAAUAUGUUGCAAAAGACAUUGCUAUGAGGUUCUCUAUGAGAUUACAUUAACAUGAACUUUGAGUGAUGGCCGUCUGGUGCUCAGUGGGGAGUCAAUGCUUUGUGUGUUCCCCACAAAAUUAUUUCAAUCAGGGGAAGCCCCAACUGAAAAGCCCCAUUGAAGACCAUUGGUGCCUGGCGGAAAUAGGGAAAAUCCCAUCUGCCCAUGCAUCACAAGUCCUGCAGACUAGUGGUGAGAGGAAAAAAUUACCUCAGACUGAAAGAUUGGAUGAGGGGUGAAGUUGCCCCUUUAUUGGUUGGAGGGACAUCAAUGGCCUUGAGGGAAACUUCUUGGGCUGCUGAUGCCAAACUUUCCAAUUGAAACCCACUGAAGACACAUUCAUACUCAGACUGUACUGCAGGCCUCUUGACUGUUGAAGGUGGACCCUUGACUGUUCCAGGGACCCUUGCUAAUAGCCAGUAAAAUCCUGUUAUCCUGCUCUGUUUGAUGGAAACUGAGCAUCUCCCCUGUCUCUGUAAACAUUAGUAUUGUCCAGAGAUCCCUGCUCCUGGCUCUGGCUCAGUUUCAGUGUCUGUGAAGCACAAAGGUCAACACCUGUCCACACAGAGAAUGUGUAGGGAUACUGCCUUUUAUUAGUCCCUCAUAGUCAUACAGUAUGGUCCAUUAGUCAGUUAUGGUGUUGUUUGUCCCUUGUAUUGUUAUACACUGACUGAAAGCAUAUGAUGUAUCUUUUAUCAUUAUGUGGGACCAGGUACAGGAAGAAGGGUAGACUCAUUGGGUGAUCCAGGGAAUGGAUUCAUGGUUAUAACAUUAGUAACAUGGUUAGUUAUCUUCAUCAACAUCUCCAAGUCCUCAUCUGAACAAUGUUUUGUAUUUUUGCGGAAGCAAUUUAGUUUAGCACUUGAAUUGUAGCCCAAUUUUUGACAAUGACAAUAUCACACAGGCUUUUAAACAGCUGUGUCCUUUUAUAGGUCUGUAGAUGAAAACAUUGCGGCAAGCAGCUUCCACUGAACACUUGUUGAGUGUUUGAGUCUCCUGGAAGUCCUUCCGGGCCAGUGGGAUUUGUGACCUCCCUGGGGGUAUAGGAUCCAGCUGAGGAGACGACAGGCUUUAAUCCCAACAUGCGCUGAGUGGAAAUGAAGGGGAAGUCAUGAUCAGGAAGGAGGGGUGGAGGGAUGGUCAUUGGGGAGUGAAAUGACCACCAAACAUGAUGAGAGCGAGAGAUAAGGGUGGCUUUUCCUGUACUACAUGCUGGAUAAAGUAAUGAAUCCUUCCCGCUUGCUCUAGAUUGUAGAUACUCAAACACAGUUUCUCGCUGUGUUUUAAUGAUGCAUAUAUUUCCAUUAGUUUGUGAUUUUUCAACAUACAUAAUCUAAGAUUAUGACGUUUUACUGUACUUCAUUGCCAAAAAUAAUUCAUUUUUUGGCUACUAGUGUUGUAGAAAUCUAGCAAUAGUUAGGAUGAUCCACUCCUUCAUUCCUCUCUGUUCUAUGAACUCCUCUAGUGGCUGCAAUUCUUGUUUUCUGCUAAGUAGACACAAAGCCUGUCUGUGUGAGUUAGUAUUUGUGCCUGGUGCCAACAGACACCUACAGUUCAUCUGAGGCUCAGCUCUGUUCUCUGUCCUUUAAGCACAAUCACACUCUUCAGUUCGAAGCUUGCAGGGAACAGGAACAUGCUUUGCACUCUCUGGCUUGCCAAGGGAUCAUAUGCAUUAUUUAGUAUGAAAGAAUGAAAUCUGAGAUUAAAAAAAAUGUGGUUGGUGUACACAGUUGUAACAUAAAGCUGGACAUGAAUUUUCAUGUGUUUAUGAAAUUGCCUGUCAUAGUUGUUUGUCUUCGAAAUGCAGUAGCUCUUGAUAGCUAGAUGUGUAGUAUUGUUAGCCAGUGUUCACUAGCUUAGCUAGUAAUUUGUCUGUUAGAUAAAGUAUCCCUUGAAAGUAGGGUGAUGGUUUAAGUACACUUACUCCUAAUGUUGCCAAACUCUCUAGCACACUCAUCAGAGCUCUUUACUACUCCUCAGGGAUGCUAUCACUAGAAACCAUUAUUUUCCAUCCAGUUGACUCUUCUCUCAUCUUUUGCUGACUUCACAGUUUGUACUGUGUAGAGUGUAAAAACACAUGAGUAAUCUACACAUUUCUCACAAGUUCCUGAGAUUUAGCUAAAUAAUUGCUUUAAUUUUGUUUGGUGUAAAAUGUUGCAGAGCUUGUGCUCCUACAUCAUCAUCUCUGGUGUGUAUAUGUCUGAGAGAAAUGUUUUCACCCACACAUUUUGAACUAAGCAGAAAUGAUCCCGAACAGAGUUUCUACCCUUAAAGAGAAAUUAUCUUCCCUGCUCCACACCCUUGGACCACAGACGACAUAACACAGAGGUCAUGACAUUCCACUGGGGGAUUGCGGCGUGUGCAAGUUGGCCCGUUUCUCUUCGCUCUCCGCUCGGAUGGAAACUCCUCUAAAGGUCCCUUAGUCGCUUUAUUUUUGGGUUCAGGAGUUGGACCAGAAUCAGAAUCAGAAUCAUCUCUGUCUGCACUGUAAUUUGUCUGCUGCCCUAGUUUAUUCACUUUGAAAAUUCACUAUCCCAAAUUCUAUGAGCUUUGAUGUCAUUUUGAGUGUGAAAGUACUAAUCAUGAAACCUUGAGUGAAGCAAUGGAAGGCAGGAUCAAUAAACUGUUGAGGUAUUGAUCAGUCCUAAGUGUGUGAUAGCCAUCCUCUGUAAUAGGUAAAGGGUGAAGUGGCAUGUCCAGAACAUUUUGAAUGGUUUGGCCAAGGUGGGGCACAGACCCAGUUUAGAUGGGCCAUAACAUUUUGAUCGUUAAUCGUUUUUUUUUCCGCUAUAAUUAUGAUGGUUCAACGCAUUAAAUGCUUCAACUUACAGUAUGUUUGGUACAUUUCCCUGUUCAAAUAAAAAAUAAAUAAAUUCAAAAAGUGUUUGCAUUCAAGGUCAGGAUUUUAUAUAAAGGUAUUAGCAUACAGCAGUGAGUUCACUUGAAAGUGCCAUCCAGAGUGUGAAUUAUACUGUGACUUUCGGGGGGUCUCUAUUUUUUUAACGGGACCUCCAAUGUGGAUACAUUUCUUUUAUGGUUUUUAUAGUAAAGACAUGUAAUUUAACUGUAAAAAUGUAUUACCUUUUAAUGUGUCAUGAACACAACCAGUCAUGAUGUUUUCAUCUGAUUGUCAAACAAAUCAUUUCAAAAAGUAGGUUUAGUAGGUUACCUGUGCACGUUCAUCAACUCCAAAAUAAGUCCAGCAUCCGAACAGUGCACUGUGCACCCGCCAUUUGAAUGGAAAGGGACAUCUAUUACACAGCCAGGUCACCCGUGAUGCAAGUCAGUAUUCGACGUUCAUCCAUGUCUGAGGACGUCGGGAGAUGAUGUGGAAACCGUCCAUAAGGGGCAACAGUGAGCACUUUUACCUUCAAGUAGGUUUCUUUUUUGCUAGGGCGGGGAUGGCGGAUGGGUGUAAGCAUCUGCCUCUGAUUCAAAAGGUUAUACGUUUGAAUCCAGCGAUAGAAAGCGUUGUUUUAUAUUUUUGUUUUAAGCCUAUCCCAAACCUUAACCCUUACCUUAACCAUUUGGAUUUAUUGCCUAACCUUAAGAUUUUGGAGUUAAUGCCUAAACUUAACCCUUACCUUAAAAAUUAUGAGUUAAUACCUAAACUUAACAUUAAACACUUCGAAAUGUGAUGUUUGGAACAACUUCAGAAUUUGACAUUUGAGAAACAUGAAUGAACAUCUAAUUCUGACGUGAGACUGUGAGAGCUAGUUGCUAUUACAAACACCAUAAGUGUAAUGACAUUCAGCCUAAAAAGUGGCGUGUAUUCAUGGGUGCCAAGGGAAGCCAGGCUUCCCCAAAAAGGUUAGUAAUAAAAAAAGAAACAAACGUAUACAAUUAUUUUAUAAUUCUUGUCUAUCCGUGUUUUCAAAUGUUCCUUCAAUUCCCAAGAGGUUGAAUUUAUUUCACAAGAGAAAUUAUCUGAGCAAGGCAAACAGCGCCCCUCUGUCUUAGUAUCUGCAGCCCAUGUAUCUGAUACUGUCUGGCCAAAAAGAGUAUGACAUGCCAUAUUAUAUUUGGCCAGACAGCAUCAGUUACAUGGGCUACACAUACUAAAACAGAGGGGCGCUGUUUCGCUCGCUCCGAUGCUUUCUCCGGUGAGAUUGAGUCUUGCUAUCGGUGCGCGUCGUGGUAAAAAUUAUCAAUAUAUUCAGAGACAACCUAUCAGAUCUCAGAAUUUCUGGUGGGGCCACUGGGCCAGACCCUGGACACGCCACUGCAAGGGUGACCAUCGGAAUCAUUUGAGGACUGUAUGUAGGACUUGUUUUCAUUUCUCUGUUGUGAACUACACUACCGGUCAAAAGUUUUCUACAUUUGUAGAAUAAUAGUGAAGAUAUCAAAAAUAUGAAAUAACACAUAUGGAAUCAUGUAGCAACCAAUUUCUUUUUAACAAAUCAAAAUACAGUACCAGUCAAAAGUGUGGACACUUACUAAUUCCAGGGUUUUUCUUUAUUUUUACUAUUUUCUACAUAGAAUAAUAAUAGUGAAGACAUCAUGAAAUAACAACUAUGAAAUAACACAUAUGGAAUCAUGUAGUAACCAAAAAAGUGUUAAACAAACCAAAAUAUAUUUUAUAUAUAUCCAGCCUUUGCCUUUAUGACAGCUUUGCGCACUCUUGGUAUUCUCUCAACCAGCUUCACCUGGAAUGCUUUUUAAACAUUCUUGAAAGAGUUCACACAUAUGCUGAGCACUUGUUGGCUGCUUUUCCUUCACUCUGCCGUACGACUCAUCCCAAACCAUUUCAAUUGGGUUGAGGUCGGGGGAUUGUGGAGGCCAGGUCAUCUGAUGCAGCACUCCAUCACUCUCCUUCUUGGUCAAAUAGCCCUAACGCAGUCUGGAGGUGUGUUGGGUCAUUGUCCUGUUGAAAAACAAAUGAUAGUCCCACUAAGCCCAAACCAGAUGGGAUGGCGUAUCGCUGCAGAAUGCUGUGGUAGCCAUGCUGGUUAAGUGUGCCUUGAAUUCUAAAUAAAUCACAGACGGUGUCACCAGCAAAGCACCCCCACACCAUAACAACAACUCCUCCAUGCUUUACUGUGGGAACUACAUAUGCGGAGAUCAUCUGUUCACCCACACCGCGUCUCACAAAGACACGGCGGUUGGAACCAAAAAUCUCAAAUUCGGACUCCAGACCAAAGGACACAUUUCCACCGGUCUAAUGUCCAUUGCUAGUGUUUCCUGGCCCAAUCAGGUCUCUUCUUCUUAUUGGUGUCCUUUUAGUAGUGGUCUCUUUACAGCAAUUCAACCAUGAAGGCCUGAUUCACACAGUCCCCUCUGAACAGUUGAUGUUGAGAUGUGUCUGUUACUUGAACUCUGUGAAGCAUUUAUUUGGGCUGCAAUUUCUGAGGCUGGUAACUCUAAUGAACUUAUCCUCUGCAGCAGAGGUAACUCUGGGACUUCCAUUCCUAUGGUGGUCCUCAUGAGAGCCAGUUUCAUCAUAGCGCUUGAUGGUUUUUGCAACUGCACUUGAAGAAACUUUCAAAGUUCUUGAAAUGUUCCUUAUUGACUGACCUUCAUGUCUAAAAUUAAUGAUGGACUGUCAUUUCUCUUUGCUUAUUUGAGCUGUUCUUGCCAUAAUAUGGCCUUGGUCUUUUACCAAAUAGGGCUAUCUUCUGUAUACCACCCCUACCUUGUCACAACACAACUGAUUGGCUCAAACGCAUUAAGAAGGAAAGAAAUUCCACAAAUUAACUUUUAAGAAGGCACACCUGUUAAUUGAAAUACAUUCUAGGUGACUACCUCAUGAAGCUGGUUGAGAGAAUGCCAAGAGUGUGCAAAGCUGUCAUCAAGGCAAAGGGUGGCUAUUUGAAGAAUCUCAAAUAUAAAAUAUAUUUUGAUUUGUUUAACACUUUUUUGGUUUCUACAUGAUUCCAUAUGUGUUAUUUCAUAGUUUUGAUGUCUUCCCUAUUAUUCUACAAUGUAACCCCUUGAAUGAGUAGAUGUUCUAAAACUUUUGGCCGAUAGUGUACAUGCAGUAAACAAAUGUAUUGUUGAUGCUAGAACACAACCACUACAUGAAAUUCAAUGUCUUCCCACUCAUACAUUCUUCCACCCUCUUUCUGUCUGGGCGCUGAACAAUACUCAAUGUCAAUUUUUGUUUCCCUACUCUUUCUCUCUUUGUGUUCUGUUUAUGAAUGCCUGUGCUUCAGAUAUGCUUUUUAUGGUAUGGCAAUCUGAAAUAUACUUGAGAAGCAUAGUCAUUGACUUUUGGCAAUUUUUCCAGUUAGGAGUAAUGUAAAAGAUAGGUGUUGGAAUUUCAUUUCAAAACGGACACAUUCCACAGGGGUGUGAUACUUGCAAUCUGGCCAAACAUUUACAGUGCAGACCAAAGUGCAUUCUAUGCCUUCUAUGCCUAGUGUAUUCAAGGUUUAAAUCGGAUUCUAAAGUUGAUCAUUUUCACUUGAAAAUGUCAGGUUUGAUUUGCACUAUCGAAAAAUGUAUCAACCCCUACAAAUAACAUCCAUUAAUUAUGAGAGAGAGAAUUACAUCCUAGCACCUGUAUUUUAAUCCCCCCCUAGGGUAGACUUGGCUGACACAGCACUUUUAACACAUUAAACUGAACUGCACACUUUGGGAAAGAAACACUGUAUACACAAAUAAAACAUCUCCUGGGCAACUGACUAAAGCUGCCGUAACACAAAUGUAACAGGAGAAUUGCCCGCACAGGGAGUUGUGAUUCCAAGCUGUUACUGUGUUUCCAUGGGAAUGAUGGGUCUCCCACCUGUCCCGUGAAGUUUGGAGCAGAUCCAGUCGUGCCUAAGGGGGAUCCCAGCAUUGCUCUGGGAUUGGGAAUGUUCUCGGUUUGCCAGAGAUCUGUUAGAGGUGUGGAGAGAACUCUCCCAGCCUGCGGGGAGCAGGCUACUGCUAUCAUGUCCACCAGCGAUACAGAUAACAUGUUACUAUGAGUGUAUGACACUGUCGGAUAAACAGUCAGAUAAACAAUAGGAGCCUAUUGUUUUUCUGACUGUGCCACACACUCAAAGUAACAUGUUAUCUGCAGCUCUUUUGAGAAAUGCAAUUUUGAGAAAAACUAAGCUUUAGUGAAGGUACAGUUGAGUACGUAAAAAUGUAUGCACACAUGACUGUAAGUCGCUUUGGAUAAAAGCGUCUGCUAAAUGGCAUAUUAUUAUUAUUAUUAUUAUUAUUAUUAUUAUUAUUACUCUGUAGAUGUAAUAAUGGCAGUGUGUGUAGAGUAAUGACAUGAAAACAGAUUUGCCUCAUCCUGUAGGCUUAUCCCAUAUUUUGUUGCAGCCACACUUACUGUAAGUGCAAAUCUCUUUAUGCAUUGUUUUGUAAGAUGCAUUGAAUCUGGUUUUAGUAGAGUUAAAUCUUUGCUUUUUUGUCAAUAGCAUGAUGCCAUGGGAAACUUUAAUUUCUAUCUUCCCAUUUAUAUACUGUAGAUAACUUGGUUAACCAAACCAGCUCUUAAUGUUCAGCUUUUCCCCCUUACUCUCAAAGGACAAUAUUGAGUGCAUUCCCCUUCAAAGGAAACCACUCCUCAUUUACGGUCUCUGUUUGUGAGGGGGAAAUACCAAGGUCCAAAAGAGAUGUAAAGUUUCAUCAACGGCAGCAGAGAAGCAGAGAGAGAAAAACCACAAGAAAAUAACUAAACCAACUUUAGCUGAAAACCCUCUCAAACAACCAUUCCGACCCAGACAUAAUGACUCUGCCCACCAAGUUGGCCUGGGACUCUUUGUACACCUGGUUCUUUUGCGUCCUCUUUGGUCCACUUUGGCCCUGGCCCAGUCCCCUGGCCUGGAUACAUCUGUUCACAGUAUCAGUCCCUCUCCAGAGCACAUCUGGAACAAGGAAGGGCAGGACCACAUCUGGAGCUGAGCAGGCUUGUUACUGUAGGACUCUCCCUGCAUAUAUUUACUACAGCACAUUGGAAUGAUUUAUUAGACCAGGAAACCCGAAACUUAGUGAGCGUGACGCAAACAGAUAUACACUUGACACUUAGGCACACGCACCUUUUGCACACUCACCAAUGCAUGCGCUCAUGUAUUCAUGCACACGCCACAUGCACACAUGCGGUCAUGAACACACGCAAGUAUGUACACACACACACACACACACACACACGUAGGCAAACUUGCAGGCAUGCGUGCAUUCACAGCAGAAUGCAUUUUUAUGUGAUCUCGUCAUAAAAGACCACUUGAUACAGAAUGACCUCUCCUUCACGCACAUCUGUUGCCCUAACUCAAGUAAAUUAUUGGGUUACUCAAUUUUUUAUGCACUCAGUAGAGCGACAAUGAUCAUGGUUCGAGAACUGUCUCUGAGUCUAGGUUUAACAUGUCUAGAACACUUCAUGUGGUUAGACUACCUACACUAAUGCACACAGCGCUGUGAGUUCUGGGGGUUGUUGUUGUGAGUGUGUUUUCAGAUGACUGUGGUGAGUGACGUAAGGCUGUCUGCAGUGCCAGAGAUGAAAGUGGGCCUGUGUCUGGUACAUAGUAGCUCUUCAGAGACUAUGUAAUUACACCCCACAUUGUAGUCAUUUAACUGGGAGGUCGACUGAUGCUAAGAGGUCAUGACCCAGUGGUUCUCCUCACCCUGAUCUCAUCUAGAUUCCUCCACUUUGAGCUUCCUCUCAUUUAGUGCUAAUAGCUAAAUGGCUUUGUUUGUCACAUAGCUAUCAAAUUGACUUUAUUACCAGCAGUAAUUGAUUUAAGUUUGAAAUAACAUUUAAAAAAUAAACUACAUAGCACUUAGGACUGUAUUAAUUGAAAACGGUUAUCCAUUUGUUUUAUAUGACAAAAGUUAAGAUGUUCUUUGCCUUCUCUUUAAUUCCAGAUGCAGAUCCUGGACAAGUUCCCAGUGGAGGGAGGACAGAAGGACCCCAAAAACAGAAUCAUUCCCUUCUUACCAGGUGAGCAUGCCAACAUGUACAGAGAACAUACUGCACUCAUCAACCAGUUUAGCAGCAUUUUAGAGGUGGGGGUUUGACAACACAAUGAAACCAAAUUCAAUGAAACCCAAGAACACACAGAAAGGACUUGCUUCUCUAUCAUUUUGAAUAGAAAUGGGUCUGUUCUAACACAGCACAUUUCAAUUUUUCCCACUGUUCCAGUCGGGUGAAUAAAGCUGUGGUGUGGUUGUGGUAUGGCAGUGGGAGGCUGGUAGAGAGAAUCUCUCCCUAAUCUGAUAACCUCAGUAUGCCCCAAUGGAGUGAAGAGUGCCAUUGUCAGAGAGCUGCACCGCUCCCAAACGUCUGGAUAGUGUUGUUUACACUGCACUGUAAAACCUAGCCAGGGAGUGGGCUCUGUGCACUUAGGCACUCGAAAAGAAACAGUCCUCUUACUGUUAUCACAGACAGACAAAAAGACAGAUACACACUCACAAAUUUCACACACAUAUUUGACAUUGGUCUUUUUCAUGAAAUCUUGUCUUGAGUACUACAUACUAUUUAGAAUAGGCCUACUACAUAAUAGGCCAAACCUUUUGUGUAAAGUCCACUGCCGAACGCUUGGGUCUGUGCUAAUGUCAUGCCACCUGGUGGUACCUUUAGAAACAGCACAUUCAAUGACAACUCAAAGUGCUAAGUCUCUUUUACAGGUAAAGUCUUAUUUCGGCGAAGUCAAGUCAGAGACGUGGCUGUGAAAAGGUUGAAGCAUCUUGAUGACUACUGCAGAGUAAGAACAAAUGAUCAUGUUUUUUUCUUCGCAGUAAAUUAUGAUGCACUGUUUGCUGUUUUAAAGGGAUGCUUCGGGAUUUUGGCAAUGAGGCCCUUUAUCUACUUCCCCAGAGUCAGAUGAACUCAUGGAUACCAUUUUUAUGUCUCUGUCCAGUAUGAAGGAAGUUAGAGGUAGUUUCUCGAGCCAAUGCUAACUAGCGUUAGUGCAAUGACUGGCGGUGGUUAGCAACUUCCUUCAAACAGCAUGCAGAGACAUAAAAAUGAUAUCCACGAGUUCAUCUGAAUCUGGGGAAGUAGAUAAAGGGCCUUGUUACCAAGUAUCCCUUUAAUGUAUGGCAAGAGGUCUAUCUUUUACUCAUAACCUACUAAGGAGCCACAUCUCACAUAGUCCAGUCAUUUCAAGAGAUGGUUUAGUUUGAAUGUCUUUGUAGCAUGUUUGCUGUGGUAGCUUCUGAGGCCUGGCUCUAUCUCCACCACCAGCAUCCACAGGAAAGUCCUGCUCGAUCUUCUCUUAUGUCAUUUCCUUUCACAUAGUGGGUUUAUAUAGGAAAGGGGGGAAAUAGGGUCAAACACAGCAUCCGUAGAACAGAAUGAUUCAGCAUUUGAGAGGAGAAAUAAACACAGCUAGCCACCUAACCUCAUUUGUUUCAGGCAUUCUUGGAUCUGGGACACUUGGUGGCUUGCCUAUUUAUUGUGGAGAAAACUGAAACCUGUCUUAUGACCCAAAGUGCUGAGUCAAAAAAAUAAUAAUGUUCUAAAAUGUCAUUAUCUGUUUUACAGUUUAUAUAAAUACUGUAUGUCCCUACGUCUAUAUCAUAUACAGUUAUUUAUUGUGUAUGCAAACCGUUUAUUUCUAAAGUAGUUUUCAAAACAGACGAAAUUGUAGUCCUGUCAGAGAGGAUUGUGGUAGUUAUCGUUCUCCAUCUGUUUUCCUCUGUGUUAUCACUGCUCCGGGCUCUGAUCCCUCUUCCUUCCCCUUCUCGCCUUCCAGACCUCCCCUUCAUCCUCUCAGCCGCUGAGUAACAGGGCCUUACUCAAGUGUAAACUGUGCCGUCCGUAUCCGUGCUAUACAGGAACACACACAGUCCUUUUGUGAUGUAGUGGGAGGCUUCCACAUAUGGAGUCAGUCAGUCGAUGAAAUCCAGGGAACAUGUGACCACAUUAGCUUUAAUUAGCUGAUAACGUUGUUUUGAUGAUGUGUCAUGAAGUCUUGUCAUUGUGAAUGAGCAUUAUACUAUUUCACAAUUCUAAUAUUUUCCAUAUCGCUCCCUCUCGCCCUCCUUCCCUCUCUCUUCCAUCUCUCUCCCCCUCUCCCUCCAGGCCCUAAUGAGGCUCCCUAACCAGAUCUCCCAGAGUGAGGAGGUGCUGAGGUUCUUUGAAACCAAGGCUGAGGAUCUUAACCCUCCUAAAGAGUGAGUUUAAUUUAUAAUAAUAACACAUGUCUAUCCCACAUAUUGUCAUGUUUUAUAUGGUGGCUAUUUGUCAAUUUCUGUCUUUACUGUUUGGGGCUUUUUACCGGUUCUUCAUGUUGUACUUUUCAGUCAAACUGUAAGGUAUCAAUCACUGCCCCCAAGUGGACUUGUUACAGCAGUACAACAACAAGCAUGCUUCAUUUAGGUUACUAUGUACCAGGAGUUCAUUUGUAUGAAUAUGAUAAUACCACGCGUAAGUUUUAUUUGGGUGUGCAUGUACGUGUGUGUGUGUGUGUGUGUGUCAGUGUGCUAGCAGCUGGUGCAGACGUCUCUCACCCACGCUGACAUGUUUUGAUCUCCAAGUGACCUCAUGUCACAUAGAUGACGGAUGGUCAGCAAGGCUCUGGUGUUAUAUUAAUGAUGAUACAUGGGAGGUGACACCUGAUCCCAGCGCAGUGUUUUUUGUUCAAUGGUAUUAUGAGAGGGAGGUUAAGUUCAGAUCUCAGGUCAGACAAGGCAUUACUAUAAUUAAUUUAUCACCCUUAGGGCUGUGACGGUCAUGGGAUUUUGGAUGACGGUUAUUGUCUAGCCAAAUGACCGCAGUCACCAUUAUAACCAUUCAAAUAUUUUUUUAAUGGAUCAUUCAUUUAUUUAUUUAUCCUCUCCUCCGCUCCUUGCUGCAUGUGCUACCAUAGAAAUGGAAUGACUAGAACGGGUGUCCCCAUUCAAGUCAAUGAUGGCAUAAUGUGAGCAUACCCAUAGGUAUAAAGCAGGAGGUAAAAUAAAUAAGUAAAAGCAGGAAGUGUACCCAUCAAUAUGUGCUGUGAUUUGUUGAUUCAACUCAACUGACAUUACAAAAAUAAAUUCCAUUGCAUGAGCCACAUCAGUUAACAUAAUUUGAAUGAACAUUCUACAUUACAAUGGAAACAUUGCGAGUGUACCCAUGAGUUUGCCAGGCAAAUUUCCAGGGUUAGAGGUUCCAAGACCAUUUUAUUCAUUAUAUUUCUAUGUGUGCUGCUGCUGCAGGGAGAGGGGCGUUGCUUAGGCAACCAAAGACUUGUUUGCUACAACACCUUCCUUGUUUCAGCAAGAAGCAACAAAGUUUCAUCACGUUGUUAGGAGUACAUGUUACCGCAGAAACGGACUCAGCCACAAGAAUGCCCGGCCGUCCUGUCUUCAGUCAGCUCUUCGUUCCUUUAAAAAAAGUUAAUGGUUUUGACGUUAUUCAUGAAAGUCUUCAUCCAUAACCGUCGGUUACACGGUAAUACGGUAAUUGUGCCAGCCCUAAUCAUCUUCAGAUCUAUACCAGUAGGGUUUGGUACUUGGUGUCAAUGGACAUUUGAAGUGGAAACUUACAUCUGCAUUUAGUUAUCUUUUUAUCUUGAGGUAAUCUAGUUCAUUUUAGUUCAGCUCAUUUUCCUUUCUUGGAAAAUGUGCAAUAAAAGCUGACAAAGAUGUUGGCAUUUGUUUAACUGUGAAUUGCCUUAAAUAUGUUUAACAGCAUUCAGGUGGUUGGCUAGAUGUAUCUUCGCUGCCUCAACCAAUUCUUCUCUUGGUAUUCUUCAUGGUGGUCUCCAUCAACGAUAGCUACCCUCCACACACACACACACACACACACACACACACACACACACACACACACACACACACACACACACACACACACACACACACACACACACACACACGAUAAUCCCACUUCAAAAAGUAUAAUCCCACUUCAAUCCCGCAGAUAGCCCACCACAGGUUUUCCCAUAAUCAGUUUGGAGUAAAGGCAGGCUGUUUGUCAGAGGAGCCCCUCCAUACCACCCAGCUCCCGACCUGCUCCUGGAUUGUAGUUCAGAGAGAGAGAGAGUUCUGCUCUACUGAUCUAUGGCUCCCUCAUGGCUCCAUCUUGUAUGUCACAUUAAAGUCAAUGUUAAAAUCCCUCUACGACAACCAAAGGAAAUUGUUCUUAUUGUGUAGUUAGUAGAAAAUGUACAGGUAACUGCCAAAAUAACACCAACAUAAAGUGUCUUAAAAGGGCGUUGGGCCACCACGAGCCAGAACAGCUUCAAUGCACCUUGGCAUAGAUUCAAAUGUGUCUGGAACUCUAUUGAAGGGAUGCAACACCAUUCUUCCAUGAGAAAUUCCAUCAUUUGGUGCUUUGUUGAUGGUGGUGGAAAACACUGUCUCAGGCGCCGCUCCAGAAUCUCCCAUAAGUGUUCAAUUGGGUUGAGAUCUGGUGACUGAGACGGCCAUGGCAUAUGGUUUACAUCAUUUUCAUGCUCAUCAAACCAUUCAGUGACUACUUGUGCCCUGUGGAGGGGGGCAUUAUCAUCCUAUGAGGGCAUAGCCAUGGUAGCCAAAAUAAUGGCCAAAAUAAUGGCAGAAUAAUGCAGCCGUCGGGCGUCGGGCAUUGCUAUCAGCAAUCAGCCAUUGAGGGAAUUAUUCCUUUGAAAUCAAUGAAAGCUGCUAUACUGCUCGCGUCACGUCCAAUGGCAGCGUCCAAGCUCAAGAAUUGCUGAGGUUCAAUUCUCGAUGGCGUUCAUUCUAUCUUGUGAAUGGAAAUAAUGACAAUUUAUUUUUGAUUUUGGUUGGUUUCUGUGUAGCAGGUAGAAUGUCACAUUGAUGGCACAAUGAUGGCGACGUGUGUAGUGUAGCAGAAGUGUUAGCAUGAUGGGAUGUUAAUUGCUUAAUUAACUCAGGAAGCACAACUUUGUGGAAGCAUCUGCUUUCAAUAUACUUUGUAUCCCUCAUUUACUCAAGUAUUUCCAUUAUUUUGGCAGCUACCUGUAUAUUGGCAUCAUGAGAGGACAAUAAAUAGAUUCAGACUUAGUCCAACUUAUUUUGGUCUGAUUUGACAGUCCUUGGUUUGCUCUCUGUCAAUAGUCAGACCAUAGGACUCAUUGUCAGAUUAUGUACUGUAUGUCAUUGGUGUCAUUGGCAUUGAGUAAGUAUGAAGGAAACAACCUGACGUGACUUAUGGCCUGAUUUCACAUGUCUACAAGUUAUUUAUUUGUUGAAAUCAUGUAUGCUCAUUUCUCAGACAGAAAGCAUCUGGACAGUUGCAAUUACCUUCCCUCCACUGCCCUCUACUGGCUCAGGAACCUCACUGCACCCCUCAAGCAGUAUACAGAAACCAGAAAUACAGUACCUUUACUAUCACAAGAGGGAGCCACCGAUAUGUUUCUGAACAAGGGUUUUACCGUAACAAAAUACACUGAAUGACGCACUGAGUUUUCAUCUCAAAAGAUAAGAUGAUAGAUAUUGUACUGAAACAAACUAUUUUGGGCAAAUGUAGGCCAAAAAGCAGAUAUGCUGGCUUCUGACAUUGAGCUAACCAACUAAUCUAACCAUCAUGCUAUUUACCUCCACUGACAUGGAUCCAGCAGCUCCAUUGUCUAGGGGCUUUUACUAAAUUGGAAACGAGGUUGUCAUUGACUCUGUACCUCAGGGGACAGGAUGGAGUGUAGGAGUACAAGGUAAAGUGUGUGUGUGUGUGUGUGAGAGUAGAUAAGGUUCAUUAGAUUUAAUCAGCACAAGUGCCUUUGCAUGUCUGUUGCAUGCAUAUCCCACACAGGCACACACAUGCACCAGAAACACAACCUACUCCUUGGAGAUACUGUAAAAACAACAACAACUACACAAAAACAGUGUAAUGUUAUUAAAUCACCACAAGAUAUAUAAUUAGUAGUUGACACAUGGUCGAACCAGCAUUCUCUAUCUCUGACAUCAUUGGGUAAUCAUGAAAAAUCAGCCUUGGAUAGCACUGGCAAUGGAUGUGUCCAUGCACUUAUCAUCCCCCUCCUCCCUCAAGUGCACACACUGCAUGUUUCUGUGGGCAGGUCAACUCUUGAUUAGGCCUAUAAUGACUUCCUGUUCAAUGACUUUUGACCUCGGACCAGGGGUAACACAUGCAGGGGCAGACUAAGGUUACGGACAGCAGUAUUUGUUUAGUGUAUACCUCGAGCAGACUCCGUCUCUUGGAUGAAACCUAACUGGUUAAAAACUGUGUGCAAAAGACUAAUAUCUCACAUUCCAUGUCUAAUGGGCCCACCUACAAAUACUGAGCUGCAGUUGCACACAAACAGCUGGUUAUUCUCAACUCUGGCUCAGGAUGGGCCCUCGCGGAUUCAGAUUUAAUGAUAUAUUCGAAACUCCCCCACCCAUACAGUGAAUGUUUCAGUGUGUGAGGGUGUGCAUUAGGGAGAGAGUGGGUGUGCGAGGGAUUGUUUUGUUCUAGUAUAUGUAUGUGUGUGUGUGUGUGUGUGUGUGUGAACAAGGACACUUUCCAGUCAGCAAAAGGUUAACUUCAAUGCAGAAAGCUCUAACACACCAUCUUAAACAUUUUAAUAGUGUUUGGAGAUAUUUCCUCCCCUCACCAUCCGCACAUCUAUUAGAUUUUACUGUUGGUAGCAGUGGGUUGAGCCAGAGUGUGUAUGCAUUCUUCUCCUGGGAAGUGUAUUAUUCCAUCUCUAGUCACUUGCUAGCCUGGCCGAUCCAGCCUCCCCCGGUCCCAUCCCUCUACCCCUCAACACUCCCCAGCCCCUCUACCCCACCCUCAGCCCUCCAUGGUAAUGCAUUUCAUAUGCCACUAUGGCCCAGGACCAUAAAUAUCUAGCUCCAGAGGCCAGAGGUCCAACCGUCCAAUAUAACAGCUCUAUUCUCCUGACUGGCCCUCAGGAAAGAAUUGGCUGAAGUGGUGUAAUGAUUCUUGGUGUGUAUGUUAGUGGAGAGGGGUUGUGUUUAAGGUAGGUGUAAAACUGGACCUGAUGGUUGCUUACUAUAACCUUAACUACAUCAACUACAUCAACUUACACAUUAUUAAUGAGAUACUUAUAAGUACUUGGCUAGUUCCAUAUACAGUAAGUAAAUGUUUUCCUGUUCAGGUCACUAAGUCAGGAUAAACUGUAAUAAAGUGUUCCCAAAAACUAUUGUUAAUUUUUGAUACAGUACAAGUCUUACUGUGUUGGCUAGGAAUCAAAAGGAGCAGGAUAUACGGUUAUUUCAUCUCUCACCCUUGAUAAUGUCAUUUUAUGAAAUGUUUACAGCAGGACAGUUAGAGUUGUUAUUCUGUAGUUUAAAAGCCUCUAACCUGAAUCUAAUGAAAAUAUAUGCAUGUAUGUAUGCUAGAUCCAUGGAAUAGUUAAAUGGAAGUGUCUAUUAAUCUGAUUACCUUGUUAUUUCAAAAUGAAGUAAGAUUUAAUAAGUCUGUUUUUUAUGAAGCGCAAAAGUAAGUAUUUACAUGUCUCUUGAGGCACCAUAUAAAAUAGGACUCUGCCUAGUUGAGUGUGUUUCAGAAAAUUCCUCUGAAUAUUUAGAGGUACUGUUCUUAAAAAUCCCUUUGGUUGAAGAAAUAGAGACAUACACUGAGUAUACAAAACAUUAAGAACACCUGCUAUUUCCAUGACAUAGACUGAUCAGGUGAAUCCAGGUGAAAGCUAUGAUCCCUUAUUUAUAUCACUUGUUAAAUCCACUUCAAUCAGUGUAGAUGAAGGGGAGGAGAGAGGUUAAAGAAGGAUUUUUAAGCCUUGAGACAAUUGAGACAUGGAUUGUGUAUGUGUGCCAUUCAAAGGGGGGUGGGGGGUGUUUGCUGCGACUCAGUAUUAGGAAGGUGUUCCUAAUGUUUUGUACAUUCAGUGUACAUUUUGAGGUUGUUAUGAUAACGCCAUUAAAUUGUUCCAGUACAGUUUUAUUUCUAGCUUUAAUCUUUAAUGUAUUAAUUAAGUACAGUUUAGGCAACAAGUAACAGUAAUAAUAUUGUAUGUCAUUAAGCGGGUUUGACGUCUCUUUAUGGAUAUUUUGUCAUAUAGAUCAAUUUAUCAUAGUUAAAAUGGCCACUACCAUGACUGUAAGAGUCAACUGGGCAUAUCACACUACUAAAGGCCUAUAAUGUCACAAUGGCAACUACUGGCAGCCUCUGACAGCUUAAGAAAGACCUCACUGAGUUUAAACAAAGAGAAGGCUCUGUGUUCUGACAAUGCUUGUUGAGUCAAUGACUGUAGUUUAACCUCUACGGGAUCGGUGUCCCGUAUACGGGACAGUUGAGCUAACGUGCGCUAAUGUGAUUAGCAUGACUGUUGUAAGUAACAGCAAACCUUCCAGGAUAUAGACAUGUCUUAUAUGGGCAGAAAGCUUAAAUUCUUGUUAAUCUAACUGCACUAUCCAAUUUACAGUAGUUAUUACAGUGAAAAAAUACCAUGCUAUUGUUUGAGGACAGUGCACAACAACAAAAAUCUUAUCAAGGCAACUGGUUUGAUACAUUCACCUCUGAAGGUAAAUAAUGUACUUACAUUCAAUAAUCUUGCUCUGAUUUGUCAUCCUAAGGAUCCCAGAGAUAAAUGUAGCAUAGUUUUGUUUGAUAAAAUCAAUUUUUAUAUUCAAAUGUAGGAACUGGGUUCUACAGUCGUGGUCAAAGGUUUUGAGAAUGACACAAGUAUUGGUCUUCACAAAGUUCGCUGCUUCAGUGUUAUGAGAUAUUUUUGUCAGAUGUUACUAUGGUAUACUGAAGUAUAAUUACAAGCAUUCCAUAAGUGUCAAAGGCUUUUAUUAACAAUUACAUUAAGUUUAUGCAAAGGGUCAAUAUUUGCAGUGUUGACCCUUCUUUUUCAAGACCUCUGCAAUCCGCCCUGGCAUGCUGUAAAUUAACUUCUGGGCCACAUCCUGACUGAUGGCAGCCCAUUCUUGCAUAAUCAAUGCUUGGAGUUUGUCAGAAAUUGUGGAUUUUUGUUUGUCCACCCGCCUCUUGAGGAUCGACCACAAGUUCUCAAUGGGAUUAAGGUCUGUGGAGUUUCCUGGCCAUGGACCCAAAAUGUCGAUGUUUUGUUCCCAGAGCCACUUAGUUAUCACUUUUGCCUUAUGGCAAGGUUCUCCAUCAUGCUGGAAAAGGCAUUGGUCGUCACCAAACUGUUCUUGGAUGGUUGGGAGAAGUUGCUCUUGGAGGAUGUGUUGGUACCAUUCUUUAUUCAUGGCUGUGUUCUUGGGCAAAAUUGUGAGUGAGCCCACUCCAUUGGCUGAGAAGCAACCCCACACACGAAUGGUCUCAGGAUGCUUUACUGUUGGCAUGACACAGGACUGAUGGUAGCGCUCACCUUGUCUUCUCCGGACAAGGUGUUUUCCGGAUGCCCCAAACAAUCGGAAAGGGGAUUCAUCAGAGAAAAUGACUUUACCCCAGUCCUCAGCAGUCCAAUCCCUGUACCUUUUGCAGAAUAUCAGUCUGUUCCUGAUGUUUUUCCUGGAGAGAAGUGGCUUCUUUGCUGCCCUUCUUGACACCAGGCCAUCCUCCAAAAGUCUUCGCCUCACUGUGCGUGCAGAUGCACUCGCACCUGCCUGCUGCCAUUCCUGAGCAAGCUCUGUACUGGUGGUGCCCUGAUCCCGCAGCUGAAUCAACUUUAGGAGACGGUCCUGGUGCUUGCUGGACUUUCUUGGGCGCCCUGACGCCUUCUUCACAACAAUUGAACCUCUCUCCUUGAAGUUCUUGAUGAUCCGAUAAAUGGUUGAUUUAGGUGCAAUUUUACUAGCAGCAAUAUCCUUGCCUGUGAAGCCCUUUUUGUGCAAAGCAAUGAUGACGGCACGUGUUUCCUUGCAGGUAACCAUGGUUAACAGAGGAAGAACAAUGAUUUCAAGCACCACCCUCCUUUUAAAGCUUCCAGUCUGUUAUUCUAACUCAAUCAGAGAGUGAUCUCCAGCCUUGUCCUCGUCAACACUCUCACCUGUGUUAACGAGAGAAUCACUGACAUGAUGUCAGCUGGUCCUUUUGUGGCAGGGCUGAAAUUCAGUGGAAAUGUUUUUUGGGGGAUUAAGUUCAUUUCAUGGCAAAGAGGGACUUUGCAAUUAAUUGCAAUUAAUCUGAUCACUCUUCAUGACAUUCUGGAGCAGUGGCGGCUCCUGAAAAAAUUCUCAGGGGGGGCAAUUUUUCUGAUGAUUUAGGUGACCUACACACAUUUUAAAAAAGAUAUGUCCAGCAACAACAUGAAGACAGGGGCAGCAUAUAAGUCAAUACCAGAAGCAUUUAUUGACUGAUCUCAAACGUGUUGGCUUACAAAAGCAAAAUAAGUUAUCACAGUAAAAAUAAUCAAGGGUGUUCUUUCACAUUCCUCAACACUGCAUAAACAAUAUGCAUUUCCAUAAAACACCUCAUCUAAUUGUGCCACAAAGUUGACAAGUCCAAGAAAAAUACCAGGGUUGGUGGAGCCCUCAGUUUCAUCUUUGCCUCGCAAAGCUAACUCAAACACUCCGCAAAACUUCACACACUGGAUUAGCCGGCUGAGGAUGUGGCGGUUCUUGCUAACCUCAUCGUUGUGGCGGCGGACAGCUAGCCUGUAUCCCUCAUCCAGUUGAGUGGCAAUGUUCACUCUCCCCAAAGCAGACAAUCGUAAACAGCUAUCCAUGUGGGUCUUUGACAGCUCAUGUUUCUUAAUCUUUUCUGAAAGAUGGUGCAUGUCCGUUACACCAGUCGCUGUCCAAGCGGUGCUGUCUGCCGUGCCGCCUUCAGGGUGAAAGAGUAAGCAGGGGUAGCAGAAGACUGCAUUAGCUACAUCGCAGCCUGCUAGCCAGGUUUUUCGUUCGUACCAAUUUUUGGAAAAUCCUCGGGUGUAGGACUUUCCCCCUUUAGUAGAAACCUGUUGAAUUAUUAAAUUUAGUCUGGGAGGUCCUAAUUGUUUCGUUGCCAAUUUAUCUUGAUUUGUUCGCCGACAAAAAGGAACUUCUUUCAAAGAGACAAUCGAGUUGCACUGAACGCUAGCCAUCUUGACAGUAGUUCGUGAAUUGAUUGACGCUGCUACCCGCUCUUUUCUUAGUUACGUUCAUGGUUAUGUUACGUAUGACGAAAGCGCGUAAGUGCAAGCCCUCCCGGAACCCAUAGAGAUUGUAUUGAAAGCUCUGAUAUUUGAAAAAAAAAGAUUUUACAUGAGAGUCUAUGAGAGACUUCUGGGGCGAUUUUCAACCUGACUGAAAUCGCCCCAAAAGGGGCGGGGCCAUUUGAAGCACGACUUUAGCCUGAUUGGACAUUUAGUGGCAGAUCAGACGUCUAGAUUAGAACACUGAUAACUACUGUUGCCGUGAUAUAAUUGAUUAGGAAAAAAAUCCCUUCCUUUUCCCGUUUGGCAGUGCGUCGCCCAUAUCGCCCUAAUGAACACACCGCCCCUGUUCUGGAGUGUAUGCAAAUUGCCAUCAUCAAAACUGAGGCAGCAGACUUUGUGAAAAUUAGUAUUCUUGUCAUUCUCAAAACUUUUGACCAUGACUGUACAGUUUGAACCCUUGCUGUCUUUGGCUCCACACCCACCCCACCCGGCCAUCUAGAUGUGUGAAAGUUAGUGUAUAAGCUAAUGAUCCAUCAUGUAUGACAUUCCUGGGAGUGUGUAAACUUAGAUUUUGUAUUACCAUAUCAUUUUUGUAUGUUCUCUAUAGUUAUGUACUUGAAAAUGUAUCAAUUGACCAAUUCGGCACAUUUGGGCAGACUUGAUACAAAAUAGUCCAGUAUUGCAAAGCUUCACUGGAUCAAUCUGAAACUUUGCACACACACUGCUGCCAUCUAGUGCCAGAAUCUAAAUUGCGCCUAAACUGCAAUAUUAUAUUGUGGCCUUUCUCUUGCAUUUCAAAGAUGCUAAACAUUAUUUAUUUUUUUUAUAAAAAAAAAAAUAUGCAUGUUUUCUUUGGUUGGUAUUCUCUUUUACCAGAUCUAAUGUGUUAUAUUCUCCUACAUUAAUUUCACAUUUCCACAAACUUCAAAGUGUUUCCUUUCAAAUGGUAUCAAGGAUAUGCAUAUCCUUGCUUCAGGUUCUAAGCUACAGGCAGUUAGAAUUGUGUAUGUCAUUUUAGGGGAAAAUUGAAAAAAAGGGUAUGAUCCUUACCAUUCAUAGUGGAUACAGUGAUAUUCUACUUAAGGUAACAACAUGUCAUGAUAAGGUUUGGAUACUUUUAUAAAGGGUUAUAAUUUCUACAUUUACCAAAACAGUUUAAGCUACAGCAGCUGAUCAUAACCUACAUUUUAUUGAGGUUGAUAAACAUAACUUAUGGAAAUGUUUGACCAAACUGUACAUUGCUGCAGUCCUGCUGCUGGCCUCACUAAACAGCUGUCUGUGUUUGCAUUUUACAUUGACCUUCAGUCUUUCAACACUGUUCAGUCUGAGGUUAACCUAAUGAAAACCUGCAGACUGCCAUUUCCAAACUGCAGUACACACACACACACACACACACGCACAACAUACACACACACACACACACGCACACACACAACAUACACACACACACACACACACCCCCCACCAAAUCAACAAUCACUCACUCACUCUGUCACUCUCUCUCACUUUCACAUACUGUACACACAGCAAUCUCCCUCUCUCCCUUGUUCUCCCUCCCUCUCUCUCCCUCCUCUUUCUCCCUCUCUCUCUGACAUGCUCCAUGUGGGGUGCCUCUCUGUGUGUGUGCCUUCUUAAUGAGGGUUUGGCUGGUAGCUGGUAGGGUACAGAGUCCUGUGUGUGACAGCAUGCUCCUGCUCUGGCCUGGCUCCCUGUCACACACUGACCAUGACUCUCUGGUGUUGUUUCUUUUUCAGGGACUAUGGGGGAUCCACUAAACGCAAGUCAGGUAAGACAAGUCACCUAAUUUCUGUCUAUAUUGACCAGCGCUCACAUAGAGGUGCAUCUACUUUGCGCCGGUCAGUUGCAUCACAUGGUGUCCUGUUUGUAAUUUGUGUUUUCAGUGGUAGUGUGUUCUUUUUUGAUUAAGUUAUUACAGUAGUGUAUUACUUUGGUUGGUUAUCGCGUUACCUGCAACAGGUCUUGUAGCUUAUGUGAUGAUGUAUCUAAGUCCUUAUUGACAUUAGUGUGUGUGUGUGUGUGUGUGUGUGUGUGUGUGUGUGUGUGUGUGUGUGUGUGUGUGUGUGUGUGUGUGUGUGUGUGUGUGUGUGUGUGUGUGUGUGUGUGUGUGUGUGUGUGUGUGUGUGCGUGCGUAUCUCUGUUGGUGUGCAUGUGUGUAGGCAUACAUGUCUUUGUACCAAACAGGCAGAUUGUAACAAAGCAUUUCUUGGGAGUCCAUAUCGUUUCCACAGACUGAGCAAAGAUCUAUAGACCGUUGAAGAAAGCUCUAUAACGUCUUAAGUGCAUACCAAGACCAACUCAGCUCACGAGUCUCUGCUUAAUGCACACAGCCAAAUCCAACAUGGCUCAUUGUGAUGAAAGGGUUAAGCAAACAGUGUUGGGUGGGAAGGAGCACCUGUUUGUACAGCUAUGCUGUGCCUGGGUUGGGUGCUGACUGUUGGGACGGUGAGUGGCCGUGGGUGGGUUUAUAAGUAGGAUUCAGAGGGGCUGGGGGAGCAGCUGUGCAUCUGCAGUAUGACCGUGUGCAUGUGUGUGCAUACUUGAGUCACCAGCAUUCUAGACUCCAGGUGAUGUUACCAGGUGAUAGUGCUGAGUGAUUAACCCAAUAAAAAAAAAAAACGUUUUUAAAGAAUUUACAGAUGUCAGUUCAAUUAUUUGAAUUCCAAUUCGUUCUUUCUUCUGUGUGCUCGAUACGCAGUUUCUCUAGAGAUAAAUCAGAUCAAGCCUGAACUGUGCGAUGUAGUAGGGAGUUGUAGUUUCCAACAGGCCAAUCAAUAUUCUACAUAGUUUAGCUGAGAAACGUGGUAAUUAACUACAAUGACCAUAAUCAAUUGCGCGCCCGUCUACUUCUCCGGUCUGUGUGGAGCCGACACGGAGACAGAGAGAAGAGAGAACGCGCGAUCGAGAGGGAUAGAAAGCAUUUGCUUAGCAAGGUAUCUCUACCUGAAAAUACAUGAUCUAAGUCAGUGGUCGCCAACUGGUCAAUCGCGAUCGACUGGUCAAUCUCCAAGGCAUUCGUAGUCGAUCACCAAACAUUUCUGUAAGAAACAACAACGAUAAAGCCUUGCGUUCCAAUUGAUAUAUAUAUUUUUGCGCUGUUGGCGGUAGGCACACUUGAUUCAGCAGCCUUAGCGCUGGGAAGGCAAAGUGUUCCCUUUUUUGAACCAUUUAAUGCGUCUCCUCAUACCCGAGCUGUUUGUUUAAACUACUAGCACACAGCUCGGACACCCAUGCAUACCCCCAAGACAUGCCACCAGAGGUCUCUUCACAAUCUCCAAGUCCAGAACAGACUAUGGGAGGUGCACAGUACUACAUAUAGCCAUGACUACAUGGAACUCUAUUCCACAUCAGGUAACUGAUGCAAGCAGUAGAAUCAGAUAAAAAAAACUGGUAAAAAUACACCUUAUGGAACAACGGGGACUGUGAAGAGACACACACAGGUACAGACACACGCAUAUGCACACAAGCACUAGCACACACACUCUACACACACGUACACUACCGGUCAAAAGUUUUAAAACACCUACUCAUUCAAGGGUUUUUCUUUAUUUUUACUAUUUUAUACAUUGUAGAAUAAUAGUGAAGACAUCAAAACUAUGAAAUAACACAUUUGGAAUCAUGUAGUAACCAAAAAAGUGUUAAACAAAUCAAAAAAUAUUUUAUAUUUGAGAUUGUUCAAAUAGCCACCCUUUUUAAUAGGUUAAUGUUGCAUAGGCUUAUGUUUUUUAAGUUGUGCGGUAGAUCUCGGCUUGCUUUUGGACUCAAAAAGUGAUCUUGACUCAGAAAAGGUUGGUGACCACUGAUCUAAGUGAUUGGCAUUCAGCAGUCAUAAAAGUAUGCCUUAUUUACUUUGAAGAACUACUAAAAUAGUAGUUUUGUCAGACCGCAUAGGCAGCAGCUCUAUAGAGAUGAGAUGAUGACUUGGAAUGAAAUAAUAAAGUCAUCAAAUAAAACAAAUGUAAUAUACACAACAUCUGAAAUAUUUUAUUCAAGUACAGUAAUGUGAAUAAAGGAUGGUUAAUAAGUGAUAAACAGUAAUUAUUAAUUGUUUUAUUCUGUGUUACAGCAUUCAACCUACAUAAUGUCAAAUAAAAAAUAUAUAUAAAAAAAAAUAAUCAAACCAAAACUGAACCAACCUCAAAAAGCACUAAUUGCUCAGUACUACCAGGUGACAACAUAGAAGAUUCAACCAUUCAUGAAGUUGCCAUGAAUUUGACAAAGAUUAUUUGAAUAGUACAUUACACCUAAAGCCUUCAAACUCAACUCUGGACCUCUAAGCCAGUUCCACUGCACUUUUUCAUCGUUCCCCUCUGAUCCAGGACUGAUUUAGACCUGGAACACCAGGUGUGUGCAAUUAAUAAUCAGGUAGAACAGAAAACCAGCAGGCUCCGGACCUCAUAGGGUAAAAGUUCAAUACCCCUGACCUACAGUAUUAUGCAUUAAAUAGUACAGCUGAAUUACUCAUUCCUGGCAACCUAAUGAAGUUGCCACCAAAUGAAAUGAGACUCCAACCUAAUUUAAUUCUAUACUCUAUGGUAUUGUGCCUUUAUGUAACAGUGAAUUCCAUUGACAUAAUGAAAUGGAAAGCUUGCCUUAUUUCAGGCGUGUCUCUGUUGUAGCCUACGCUCAGACUGUGCUAGAUAUUGCAUUUCUUCCAGGAAUCGGAGGCUGGAAUAAUAGGUUAUCCACAGUUGUAAAAGUUGCUCUUCCGAUACAUUUUGAAUAGUUACAGUAGAUGAAAAAUGAUGAAUUAAUGAAUGGUCCUAUUUUAUUGUCUUUUGUAAACAACAUUUUCCAUCUUUUAAAUUAAGUUGGAAAGCCUUGGAGGAAAAGUAUCAUCUCUCAAGAUGCUGAUAUUUUGCCAAAUGACUCUAGUCUAAUGAAGGCUUCUACAUCUUAGCCUUACUGGACAUCUCCUUUUGAAAUCUUCCUCCUGCACACCAAGAGACAGGGUUAACUGCAUUGAGAUAUUGAUAUUACUUUAUUAAAUCAGAACAGCGGAGAGACUGUGCGAGUCUGUGGUGAAUUUUUGCUGUAGCUGCAGCUUAUGGUCCCCAUAAUUACAUGGUGUUGGUCUCUCCUAAGAGUUUAGAGUAGGGUUAACAGGAAAAUGUGCCCUAACAGGAAAAUGUUGCCCCAGGCCACAAAACUGCUGGUGGUUACUGCAUGGUUUAGGCAGACUGGUUCACACUGUUUACCUGGCAUGGAUAUGCUGCAGAAAUCACAGGCUAUCUGAACAGCUCUGUCUUAUACUCUGAUGUAGACAAUCAGUCAUUCAUAGCAUCGUCAUUAUGACUGCCCCACUUCUUUCACUCACUCUCUCUCUCUCUCUCUCUCUCUCUCUCUCUCUCUCUCUCUCUCUCUCUCUCUCUCUCUCUCUCUCUCUCUCUCUCUCUCUCUCUCUCUCUCUCUCUCUCUGUGUCUCUCUCUGUCUGUUUCCCCCCCUCUGUCUGUCUGUCUGUCUGUCUGUCUGUCUGUCUGUCUCUUUGUCUGUCUCUUUGUCUGUCUGUCUGUCUCUUUGUCUGUCUGUCUGUCUCUUUGUCUGUCUGUCUCUCUCUUUGUCUUUUUGUCUGUCUGUCUCUCUCUCUUUUGCUCUCUCUGUCUCUCUCAGUGGCUUGUCAUCCCCUCAUACACCCGCCAGCUAUCUUCAAUUUCUUUCUUCAAUGUUUAUCCAGUGUUCAAAAGUUUCAAGUUCCGUUAUUUAUUAUGGACUGGUGAAAUUGCCCAGAGGUGAACCACUGGGUCCCUGAUUAGGAGCAAAAAAGGAUUUACUCCAUUGAUUAUGACGUUACGAUAAAGAAAAUAUGAAAACCACUAUUGAGUUCUGAAUAAAUGAUUUGCCCAAGGAUUUGCUCCUUCAUGUGGUUUUGGUAAGGUUUUGGCCUGAAUCUCAGUAAUUAUUAUCCAACUGUGACCUCCCUUACAAUCAAAUCAAGGGCCCUAUGGGGUUCUCAGUUGGAUGCUUUCCACUCUCUGUCGAGUCCACUUCAUUCUGUGGCUCUCUAUGGGUCAAAACAGGACAUACUGUACCUUACUAGUUGUACAGGUAUAUAUCUUAGCCUUGUUUACAGUACGUCUCACUGUCUAUUAUUGUUCUAUUCACUAACUUCAUAGACAGCAUACAGUACAGCCUGGGUGGCUGUCUAAGCAUGUGCGGUUUGGUCAACACCUCAUGGUCACAGCACAACUAGACUGGAGACUAGCAGCUAGAGGAGUGCUAUUGAUAGAGAAUACGAGGUUACUCAGAAGUAAGACCUGAAUGUUUUAGCUAGAUCUGCUGUGUCUCCAAGGAAAAUGGUUUGAAAGUUAACACACUGUUUGGAAACUGUUUUGAAAUAACUAUGACAGAACAGUUCGGGCUGAAACCCUAUUUACUCAAAGAAAACAUAAACUUGUCCAACUCAGCACAAGUGAAUGAAAAUGAGCUGUUUGUCUGUGAGCAGCUUUACUGUGUUAGCAUAAUAGGACUGAGUGGAGAGCGUGAGAGAGAAUGAGAGCGAGAAUGAGAGUUGGGGAGGGAGAGAGAGAGAGAGAGAGAGAGACUGGGAGAGAGUGUCAGAGCGCUUGGGGGCGCCUUGCAUGUGAAAAGCAGAUGGAGAGGAGAGUAGGUUUACGUGGCAAGUGUUACGCAUGGACCGGGGGAGUGUGCGCAGCCGUGCUGGCUUUAUUUGAGCUGGGGAGCUCAGGGGCAUAUAGGGAGUGGAAUUGUGUGUGUGUGUGUGUGUGUGUGUGUGUGAAGUGGGGUGGGAGGACUAUCAGGGGGAGUAUUGGGGUGUGUGUGGCGGGUCAAGGGGCGCACAGGGGUAAGGGGCCAGCUAGCCGUGUGUAUACGUGUGUGCUUGACUGUGUGUGUGUGUAUCCGAGUGUGUAGGAAGGUGUGUGUGUGUGUGUGUGUGUGUGUGUGUGUGUGUGUGUGUGUGUGUGUGUAGGGGGACGGACAGAGAUUUUAGCCUAGUGCAGGAAACCAUUAAGACAAAUGUGUGCUUCUCUACCACUUAAACAGCAAUCACACUCCCCUUGCUUGAUAAGCCAUUGCAUACUGAGCUUUUUGCCUCAUUCUGGCUCCCAGACACAGGACUUUUAUUGACAUGCUGCAAGGGCAAUACCAUCUGAAAGAUUGAAUUAACUCAAUCUCACUCGAGUGAAUCUACCAUUUCAUAAUGAAAUUUUCUAGGGUUAGACAAUGCUAGGCAUACAUUUGCACCAUUCUUACGUUUUUCUAUGAAGAUAUUGUAUGAAUAUUUGGUUGAACUAACUCUAAAAUACUUACAGCAGUAGCAGAACUGCAUUAUAAACUGGCAAGUCUCUUAAACCACAAAGUCAGUGUGUGCACCGACAGUUUGUGACUUAUUGCAAAAGUAGCUAACACCAUCACGAGUUCUAGAGCCAAGCCUCUAACUUUCUGACAGUGACCAUUUGUCACCUCUGCCUCAACAAGGAACCAACCCCUCCUAACCCUGCAGCAGGCAGCAAGCUAGAGCAUUUAAGUCUUCAUCUCAUAAUACCCUGUGUAUGCCAGAACAUACAUGUUAGGAAACCAACAGACACAAAAUAAGGCAAAGGGGUUGCCUGACAAUUUUCAAUGCUAAACAGCUGUUGAGUGUCAAUAUGUGGCAAGAACACAUGACACUCCAUCAAUUGUCUGAUGAAUCAAUAACAAUCAAUAAUGAUUUUAUAACAUGUAGAGGCAUCUGCGAAUUGUAUAUCGAGACGUUUAUGUUGGAGUCAAUGGACUGUUUGCCCAUGCUUCUUUUGAGAUCCUUUGAAUAUUAAAGUUGUGUGAUUCUCAACUCGUCCUGUUGUACAAGCACAUUCAUAACUGUUUUAUAACACCUCAAAUUAAUGUCACUUUAUUUAAGGUGUCUGUGCACACUCUAUAAGGGCAUAUGACAUGGCUAUGAUGCCCAUCAUUCCAUUUAAUGUAAUAAUGUGACAGAUGUUUGUAAAUGACAUAACACCCUGUUAUAACAUCUGGUAUGUAGACUGUUAAGUAGCAUGUAAUAACAUAUGACAUAAGUUGUCAUUCAGGCUCUGUAAUAGCAGCUGUUAUUAACAGUUGACAUUAGAGCAUAUGACAACAGGAUCAACAGUCAUCUAUAACACCCAUUAUAACUAGUUUUAUAACAUCUUAUGACAUUACUCCUAACUAUUUAAAACUACUUAUGUCAGCUUAUGACUAAUGUUAUGUGUUAUAUACAGUGAGGGGAAAAAGUAUUUGAUCCCCUGCUGAUUUUGUACGUUUGCCCACUGACAAAGAAAUGAUCAGUCUAUAAUUUUAAUGGUAGGUUUAUUUGAACAGUGAGAGACAGAAUGACAACAAAAAAAUCCAGAAAAACGCAUGUCAAAAAUGUUAUAAAUUGAUUCGCAUUUUAAUUAGGAAAAUAAGUAUUUGACCCCGUCUCAAUCAGAAAGAUUUCUGGCUCCCAGGUGUCUUUUAUACAGGUAACGAGCUGAGAUUAGGAGCACACAAAUAAAGGGAGUGCUCCUAAUCUCAGCUUGUUACCUGUAUAAAAGUCACCUGUCCACAGAAGCAAUCAAUCAAUCAGAUUCCAAACUCUCCACCAUGGCCAAGACCAAAGAGCUCUCCAAGGAUGUCAGGGACAAGAUUGUAGACCUACACAAGGCUGGAAUGGGCUACAAGACCAUCGCCAAGCAGCUUGGUGAGAAGGUGACAACAGUUGGUGCGAUUAUUCGCAAAUGGAAGAAACACAAAAGAACUGUCAAUCUCCCUCGGCCUGGGGCUCCAUGCAAGAUCUCACCUCGUGGAGUUGCAAUGAUCAUGAGAACGGUGAGGAAUCAGCCCAGAACUACACGGGAGGAUCUUGUCAAUGAUCUCAAGGCAGCUGGGACCAUAGUCACCAAGAAAACAAUUGGUAACACACUACGCCGUGAAGGACUGCAAUCCUGCAGCGCCCGCAAGGUACCCAUGCCCGUCUGAAUUUGCCAUUGAACAUCUGAAUGAUUCAUAGGAGAACUGGGUGAAAGUGUUGUGGUCAGAUGAGACCAAAAUGGAGCUCUUUGGCAUCAACUCAACUCGCUGUGUUUGGAGGAGGAGGAAUGCUGCCUAUGACCCCAAGAACACCAUCCCCACCAUCAAACAUGGAGGUGGAAACAUUAUGCUUUGGGGGUGUUUUUCUGCUAAGGGCACAGGACAACUUCACCGCAUCAAAGAGACGAUGGACGGGGCCAUGUACCGUCAAAUCUUGGGUGAGAACCUCCUUCCCUCAGCCAGGGCAUUGAAAAUGGGUCGUGGAUGGGUAUUCCAGCAUGACAAUGACCCAAAACACACGGCCAAGGCAACAAAGGAGUGGCUCAAGAAGAAGCACAUUAAGGUCCUGGAGUGGCCUAGCCAGUAACAUGGAUUAUUUUUUUUGUUAUUCUGUCUCUCACUGUUCAAAUAAACCUACCAUUAAAAUUAUAGACUGAUAAUUUUUUUGUCAGUGGGCAAACGUACAAAAUCAGCAGGGGAUCAAAUACUUUUUUCCCUCACUGUAGCUGUUAUAAGGGCUUUAUGAAUGCAUACAUAAGGACACCUACAAUAAAGUGUUACCGCAUAGGUUUAUGUCCUUAUACAAUAUCUGAUUUUGAAUAUGAGCUGUUCAAUAUGGUUAGAACCCCAUGUGCAGUUUAUUUCCCAUUUUGUAGUUUCAUUACCAUUUGUGACCGACCGGCUCGAUUCGGUCUUAUGUAGCAAAAUUAGAAAUUGUGUUUUUUACGUUGGAUAAAAGUAGAGACUCAGAGCUAGAAAAUGGUAUAUCAUACACUACAGUUGAGGAACAAUGAUAAAGUAAUUCUGCUUUGAAAGUUGAUAAACUUGUAACCUCACUUUUGAGAAAAUGGCCCUUUAAUGUUUUGGUACCUACUAGAGAGCUCUUCUUUGUCUACACCCAUUCAGCAUUGUUCACACCCUUUUAAGCUUUAGCCCCACCCAUCUCUUUAAGGAUUCACAUGUGAGGCUAUGUACUAAACAACCAAAGAUUUCAAGACUAAAGGCUGGCUUAUACUACGGGUUUGUUCGUAAAUGUGAUCUGUAGUGACAGAGUGUGCUCUUGGUGUUUGUAAACUCAGAGCGUUGUCAGAUUGGCCGUUCGUAAAUUCAGAGCUCUGGCUGAAAAGUAGGGUUGAUCUGAGCAUUCUGACCGAAGAACAGCAGUCAAGCACCCAAGCUAACUGGCUUCUGUUGGCUAGCUUGCUAGCUACUUCCAGACACAAAUGAGAGAACAGCUCACUCUGACCAUUUUACUUGCCCUAGCAGAGCUGGUUAGGCUGUUUUUAUGUUACCCAGAGCAUUGGUGACUGCAACUGUGCUGCUUUUUUGCCAACAUUUACUGACAUCGGCCAUAUUCAACGGGUGUUGAGCGUUCGUAAAUUUGUCAGUUAUUCUGCGCUCUGGCACACUCAGAUGGGAGUGCUCUGAAAUUGAGUGUAGAUAGCCAGAGUGAAUUUACCAGCUACAUCUGUCAACAGUUGUCGCAGUGACAUCAUAAACAUUCUAUUGAAAUAGUUACUUGCAUAGUGGAGUCUUUUGUUUUGACAUGUAGCUAGCUAUCUAAACAAUGAACCAUAAUCCCAACUCAUAACGUUACUACCCUGCAUGAAUCUGCAGGUAGCUUACCAACCAGGUUCAAUAUUAGCUAGCUAACAUUAGGCUAUAACUAGCAAUGCAAAUGGCUCUGAGAUACAAAUAAUAUUGCUACACAGAUCAUACACGUAACGUUAUCUAGCCAGCCAGCUAACUAGCUAACAGUACACUUUAACUUGAAAUGAAAAUGACUUUCGGACAAAAUUAGAAACUUGUAAUAUCUGAAAAUGUAGCUAGCUAGACUCUCUUACCCGUAUACAUGGAUGGACGCUUCUCCCUCUCUGUCACAGAUGCCAUGGUUGCCCUUAGUUUGAAUAUGUAAUCCAGAGACAGCCUUCUGUGUGUUCUCUUUUCGACUCUGUCUGCAUAUUUGCAAUCAAACACCAGAAUUUUCUCCAUCUCCUUAGCUAUCAUACUCUAAUUCCAUGGAUUUCUAAACUCGGUCCUCCAGAAAGUGGAGAGCAACACUUAUGCAAUUCUACUACGUGAUAUCUUUAAAAAAAAGCAGCGUUAGAAAGGAUUACCUACACAUACUGACCAGCUCAUAUUAUAGACAGAAGCGUGCUACAUGGCAGACCAAUCUGAACUCAUCUCUCGGCAUGUCCAGCCCACUCAUUAUCUCAGCCAAUCAUGGCUAGCGGGAAGGUUGCUGUGUUUUUCCGUGGCUGAACCAACUAGGCUCGUAAUUUAACAAUUGUAUUCUUAUUUACAGAUGGCAUACAAGUUUGUUAUUAAGGCACAUGAAAGUUCACAUGUCCAAAAAACACAUUUUGCUAAAAAGAAAGGUUUACGUGCAAAUGGCGCUCCUGUGAAGUAGUGACAUACGCCUAGUUUCCUGUAAGGAGUCACAUUUGUUUGUUGCCUGACCGUACACAUUCCACAUCCUUUAGAGAUAGUGCUCCAUUUUAACAAAGUGAAUCAGUGAAAGCAUCUGUAAACUGUAUUGAACAACCGCUCAGUAUUCCCUCCUUAUCCACCCACACAACUUCAGCUGAUGAUCCAAAGACCAGUCACUCUGCCAGAUUUAGAUCUACUCCAUCUCUCUGCUAAAUCAGCUUCAGUGAAAUCAAUGGCCCUCAUCAUGUCAGUGUCACACCAUCCCUCCCUCUGACCAGACCCAGAGUAAGAUCAGGAACCCUGACAUCAAAGGAGGACAAAUCCCCUGACCCAAACCAACAGCCUUCCCAAUUCCCAACCUCCCCUGUUUCCUCCCCAAGAUACAUUCUUGCAACGCUCCCAACUGUCGUCCUGUUUUGAACAGGACCGUUAAUGGGAUUGGGAAGGGGGAGAGCGGGGUGGGAGCAGGAAGUGCAAGUAUAAAUCUGAGUGAGGUGAGAUGUAAACAGAGAGAGUGUCUAACAGGGCUAUUUCAAAAGUCUGGUGUCAAAUAUAUUAUAAUGUUUAAGCUUAUAGAUAUGUGCUGUGCAUAUGGGCGAUGCCCGCAGGCACCAUAGCAGGCAGGCAAGCACGCACACACACACACACACACACACACACACACACACACACACACACACAUACACACACACACCACAUGUAAACACAGUAGUCUAGAGUCUAGACACUAACGUUGUUGAUAUUCUGAGAUUCCAGGAAGGGUGGGGGAACUGAUAUCAAUCAUAUGUGGUAAAAGCAGGAUUUCUCUCCUAACAGACUCAGUUUGUUGACCCUAAUGUGGCCACUACUAGCAGCACACUAAACCAUCCUCCUCCAAUCGAUCACAUUUAUUUCAUCUACUGCGUCUAAUUUCAUGGCCUCAGAUGAUGGAGUUGGAAUACCUACCUACUGUAAAUCACUUGCAUACUAAAGCUACAGAGUUUGGAGACAGAAUAGAAGGAAGUAUUAUGAAAUGAAGCAUAUUUCAUCCAACAUACAUUUUCAUAUUAAUCUACUUUUGUCUUUGUGGAAUGUUACACCGUGUAGAGUUUUUUUUAUUGGUAUCCAGAUGAUGAAGACCUUAUUUAAGCUCUACCCUACAAUGUCUAGGCUUUCCCUCCUAAUAUUUCUCACCUUAGUGACCCUUGUUCUAGUCUGUUAUUCCUGCUGAUGCAAAACAUUUCAUUUCCUGAAUGGGGUUGAAAUAUUAGCUUUUGUUUUUGGGACCUACUGAGUGUGUUGACAAAGUCCUUACUCAUUCGCACAGAGCACACCCCUCCCUGCCCAACAAGAGAGGAAGCACAUGUUUCAAAAACAUCACUUCACGUCGUUUUACGUGGAUUCACGUUUUAUUAGAUCACGCCCCGUUGAGUUUUUAUAUAUAUAUAUAUAUAUAUAUAUAUAUUCACCGGGAAAUGACAUCAUGAACUUGUUUCUUUUCUUUUUUUUACAAUAUGGUGUCCAAACAUUUUAAGAGAUGGGAUUAAUCUGCCUUUGUGUUCCACCAUCCUUCUUACCAUUCCCGACAGGUUACUAAGAUGCCUUGAGUGUUCUGCACUCAAAGUCUUGCACUCAAAGUUCAACUAAUAUUAACUUUCCAAUGAUUCUGUGCCCAACCUCGCGGUGAGCAAAGAACUCUGUGCAAAUAAUGAGAAAGCAACGUAAACCACAGAAGGAACCACACUGGUUCAACUUCACUCGUUGGCAGGGUUAGUAUUUUGGAUGCUAUUGAAGCUGCGCUCAUCCGGAUGAUUUAUUAGUGUUUUGAUGUUUCUGAUACCUGCCCCUCGGCAUAGAAUGUGAAUAUAAUCCUAAUUUACGGAAAUGUUCAUCUUUAGUCUGGCAGCUGUCAUCAGGUCCUCUCUUUAUACUGGCAGCUUAAUCCAAGCAGUCUCAAUCACUUCUUAUCUAAUCUUCUUUAUUGGACUGGAAUCAUGCUAUUUUCCAUCGUCUGAGAUAGAGCUCUCUUUAUAAUGUUCCAGACACUGAGUUUACCACUGGUUGAAUAAUCUUUUAAUUUAGACGCAUUUGGCUUCCUCUAGUUUAUAACAUUUGUUUGGUAGACAUUUCUCUUGAUUAUGUGGGACAGGAACUCCGCUAUUUCAUUUAUCUUUCACUAAAUACUAUAAUUGAUUUCAGCUAAGAGAGAAACAGUAUAUUGACAAUGUUAUUGCAUUUGCUCUGUAUCCUCUGUCUUAGUAUCCAUAUACUUGAACUGUCUGUUAGCAGUUAAACUAUACAUCUGUUUACUCAGGCAAGCCUUGAAGCAGCUUGGAGUUUAGGCCAAAGGAUAUCCUGGUUUUUCAUCCGGAUAAUGUAGUAUGUGCUGUAUACUGUGUUGUUACUGUAUGUGAUCUGUGAAUCAUUUCUCUACUUUUUUUAUGACACUUUAUUUUAUUUUAUGAAACUCUGAGACCAGUCUGAGCCGUCAGUAAUGUGUGAACCCCAUCUUAGCAGUCUCUGAUUCUAGGGUACAGCUGACAUGUUAGUUCUGCUCCUAAACUGGGUUGUCUGCAGCUGGAGAUGUUUUGGAGUGACUUUUUAAGGUUUAGUGUACAGUGGUAUGUGGGUGAAUUUGUUAUGAAGAUGUAAUUUAUUUACUGUUUUGAAAAUGAGAAACAUCUCCAAUGAUCUUUCCCUUUGAAGUUCAGGUUAUGUUUAAAAAUAUAUUUUUUACAAUACCAGUCUGUGCAUAUUAAGUGUGCUUUAGUCUUUGCAAACUGGUUUAUUUUAUGAGAUUCAUAUCAUAAACAUCAAUGCCAUGCAAUGCAACAGGGACUGCACAGUUUGUUUAAGAGCCAGAUAAAUGAAAUAACCCCCCCAAAAUUGUUAUCACAGUUUAAGAGCAACCCCAUCUAUAAUACUGACACAUUCUUGGAUGUUUGAAGUGAUACAUUUAUGGUCUUGUUGAACAACAUUGUCAAAAUGAAGAGUCAUUUCUGGUGCUUAGAUGGUUAACCCAGUGAGGGCAGGAAAUAAGCUUUCCAUUGGCCAUGCUGAAUGAAAGUCCUGUGUUCUAGUGUUUCACAGCAGCCGAGGCCCGGCCUCCUGAGCUCAACUCCAGCCCACUCAUCUGGUUCUAUUUAAGGCCUCUGGUGUCGACUCUUAUGAUUGGCGUACACAACCCCCCUACUCUUCCUCCAGCCCCAACGAGGAGGAGAAGAAGGCUUUUUAG